UUCUGUCUGUGAAUAUCGCGAUUUCAAAUGACUCAAGGUCAACGGGCUACCACUGUGCUGUAUUCGGGUGCAAGAAUCACUUUCGGAAGCGAAAGGUGCUACUUCAGUCGCGGCGACUUCUUGGAUUUUACCUUUACGGUUGCAAACAAGCAUCCUCUUUGGAUUGCCAGCAUAAAAAGAAAGAACCUGACGCCAUAAGCUUCGUCGCGUACAUGGGCAGAAGAUUUUGUUACCAGUGAGCGCAUGGCGACGAAAUCUGCACCCAUGAUCAAACUGGGACAUGAACGAAAGAUAUUCAUCAACAACAAGUUCGUCGACUCCAAGUCUGGGAAGACAUUCGCCACUUUUAACCCGGUCAAUGAGGAAAAGAUCGCCGAUGUCCAAGAAGGUAGCAAGGAGGACAUCGACGCGGCCGUGCAGGCAGCGAGAGAAGCCUUCAAGCGUGGCUCCAAGUGGCGGACCAUGGACGCUUCACAGCGUGGCACCAUCAUCAACAGGCUGGCCGACCUGAUGGAUCAGAACGCCGACUACAUGGCGAGCUUGGAGACUUUCAACAAUGGGAAACCAUUCAUGGAAGCCAUGCACGACAUCAAGUUUGGCGUGAACUGCCUGCGAUACUGCGCCGGGUACAGCGACAAGGUUCAUGGGAAAACAGUUCCAGCAGAUGGCAAUGUUUUCGCCUAUACAAGGCGCGAACCGGUUGGAGUCAUCGGGCAAAUUAUUCCGUGGAACGUGCCGUUGGUUAUGUUCUGCUGGAAGAUCGGCUCUGCCCUGUGCACGGGAAACACGGUCGUCGUGAAGCCGGCCGAGCAGACGCCGUUGACGGCGCUGUACGCGGCCAGCCUGGUGCGAGAGGCCGGGUUCCCCCCGGGCGUCGUAAACGUGGUGCCGGGAUUCGGGGAGACCGCAGGCGCCGCUCUCUCCAACCACAUGGACGUUGACAAGAUCGCCUUCACUGGAUCCACGCAGGUUGGCCGACUGAUGCUGAAGGCCUCGGCUGACACAAACUGCAAGCGCGUGUCACUGGAGCUCGGAGGGAAGAGUCCGCUGAUUGUCUUCCCAGAUGCCGACCUGCAAGUGGCGGCGACUGUGGCGCACCGCUGCGUGUUCCUGAAUACAGGCCAAGUGUGCUGCGCCCCGACGCGCAUCUUCGUGCAUCGGGACGUGUACGAGCAGUUCGUUGCCGCUUCCGUCAAGAUGGCGCAGGAGCGCAUACUGGGGGAUCCCUUCGAAAACACCACCACCCAGGGACCGCAGGUCAGCAAGGAACAGAUGGAGCGCGUGCUGGGCUACGUCGAGGCCGGGAAGCGCGAGGGCGCCCGGCUGCAGUGCGGAGGGCAGCGCCACGGCAGCCGUGGAUACUUCGUCCAGCCCACGGUGUUCUCUGACGUACACGACGACAUGACCAUCGCCCGCGAGGAAAUCUUCGGCCCCGUGCAGAGCCUCUUCAAGUUCAGCACCACGGAGGAGGUCAUCGAGCGCGCCAACAGGACCACGUACGGACUCGCUGCUGGACUCUUCACCCGCGACCUGGACACGGCACACACCGUGUCUCACGCCCUUCAAGCAGGCGUCGUGUGGAUCAACACGUUUAUGGAAAUCAGCCCGCAGACUCCGUUCGGAGGCUACAAGAUGUCAGGACUUUCGCGCGAAAUGGGUGAAGAAGGUAUCCUGGCAUACACGGAAGUUAAAACGGUUAUGAAAUAUGGCGCACAACAAUGCCUCGGACAAGGACCUCUUCCUGUGCGUUCUGUGUACUAUGCAAACAAACAGCAGUGGUGCAGACAAGGUAAGGUGUAAUAUUAACUCACCACUCUCGUGUUAGAAUAAACGUUGAAGAAAUUAAGCUUUCGCCGUCAACAUCACCGCUAAUUAUCGUCACUCAAAGAAACCAGCACAGAAAUCUUUGAUUAUAUGGACUGCAAUAGUACGUGUGAUCUGCAUAAUGUUUAUCAUUUGAUUUGUGCGUUGCCGUUGUGCAUUGUGCUAAUUAAAUGCGCAGAUGAAAUUGGCAGACAAACCGGAGCCAGCACGGAGGGUCAGGUGCCUUACUCGUUCGCUUGCUUCGCGGUUUCAAACAAACACCGCCUACUUCACGUGCUGGCCAGUAACGUUUGCGGGUGAGAAAGCGUCCAAGCACUUACAAAAUAACAAUUAUUCAUGACUAAAAUGAUAUUGCGCGACAAAAAAACGACAUGGACGUGAGAGAAGACGACACACCAAGCGCAAUAUCAUUUAAGU